AGCCCGGCUGGUCACACACGCGCCCGGCUGCCUCGCGGGGCCGCGGGCUAGAUGACGGUGGACAGCAGCAUGAGUAGUGGGUACUGCAGCCUGGAGGAGGAACUGGAGGACUGCUUCUUCACUGCCAAGACCACCUUCUUCAGAAGUGUGCACAGCAAACAUCCUUCCAAGAAUGUCUGUAAACCCGCCGAGGAGACGCAGCGGCCGCCCACACUGCAGGAGAUCAAGCAGAAGAUUGACAGCUACAACACCCGGGAGAAGAACUGCCUGGGCAUGAAGCUGAAAGCAAACCAGUACCCGGCGUGA